AUGUCUAACCUUUCUCGCGCGUUCACCCGGCGCAACAAGCGCCCAGAAGUGUCCGCACCCAUGCCAUACCGCGGCGAGGGGCAUGUGCGACUGAAUUCGGCGAGCAUCAAGCGGGGCAAUAUAUCAGGCCCCGUCCAGCUGCUGUCCACCACCAACAUGCUGGCCUACAACGCGCCCGAUAUUAACUCCGCCUCAUCUUCUGCCUCAUCUCUUCGCUCAGACGACGCGAUGUCUCCCCAAAGCUACGCUUCUUCAAUGACUUCUCCCGAUGUCUCUCCCCACGAGGAUCUCCCCGUGGAGGCCAAUCCUUUGACCUCUUAUUUUCCCAAGCGCUCGGCGACCGUGACCAGUCACCCGCGCUCUUCGACCUCGUCGACCGAGGCCCCCCUCGUGCCUAAGCGCGCGCUCUCCCACACCAAGCGCUCCCACCAGGAACUCGCGCGCAAGCGUUCAGUGUCCCGGAUGUCGCCACCCCCAUUGAACGCCCCACGCAGCACUCCAACUAUCCGGGCUUCGCAGGAAUUCUUCCAGCCGGAGCCGCACCCAUUCAGCAAGGAGUUGGAGCAGGUCAAUGAGGUUGCGGAAGAGUUCGGUGGAUUAAAUCUCUUGGAUGAAGAGGAGCGUGUACUGCACGAUAAGGGGUUGAGGAAAUUCUCUGUGGAAGACUACCUCUUGGAGGUAGAGGAGCUCUACGGCAGCAUUUUUGAUGACGAUAACCGUGGAUCCUUGUACACAUCUUGGUUCUAA